UUCUGUGGGUCUAUGGACAAAUGGUUUGGAGAGAAGCGUCUAUGGCUGUUUGGUAAUCAUCUUCCACUUCUGCCCAGAAGACCACAAGGUAGCAGCAAAAUGGAUCGUUAUGAGAAGCUUAGUCGCAUUGGCGAGGGCUCCUAUGGUGUGGUCUACAAAUGUCGAGAUCGUGAAACGGGCGCACUGGUUGCUGUCAAAAGAUUUGUGGAGUCUGAGGAUGAUCCUGCUAUACGCAAAAUAGCGCUGCGAGAAAUAAGGCUGCUCAAGAACCUGAAGCAUCCCAAUCUGAUAUCCCUGCUGGAAGUGUUUCGACGCAAGCGUCGCCUGCACUUGGUAUUUGAGUUCUGUGAGCUGACGGUGCUGCAUGAGCUGGAGCGGCAUCCGCAGGGCUGCCCGGAGCCACUGACCAAACAGAUUUGCUAUCAGACGCUGCUGGGCGUUGCCUAUUGCCACAAGCAGGGCUGUCUGCAUCGCGAUAUCAAGCCGGAGAACAUACUGCUGACGGCGCAGGGGCAGGUGAAGCUUUGUGACUUUGGAUUCGCGCGCAUGCUGAGUCCGGGCGAGAACUACACAGACUAUGUGGCCACGCGCUGGUAUCGGGCGCCAGAGCUGCUGGUGGGCGAUACGCAGUAUGGAACGCCGGUGGAUGUGUGGGCCAUUGGCUGCUUGUUUGCGGAGCUGGUGCGUGGCGAGGCGCUGUGGCCGGGACGCAGCGAUGUGGAUCAGCUGUACUUGAUAAGGAAGACGCUGGGGGAUUUGCUGCCGCGGCAUAUACAAAUCUUUGGGCAGAACGAAUACUUCAAGGGCAUAACGCUGCCGGUGCCGCCGCAGCUGGAGCCGCUGGAGGAUAAAAUGCCGGGCAAGGCGCUGCAGAAUCCGCUCACCAUAGAUGUGCUCAAGAAGUGCCUGGACAAGGAUCCGGCCAAGCGCUGGAGCUGCGAGAAACUCACCAAGCAUUCCUACUUCGACGACUACAUAGCCAAACAGCGCGAGCUGGAGCACAUUAGCAGCCUGGAGGUGGCCACGCUGCGCCAGCAGCAACUCGCCUCCCAGCAAUUUAUGCUGUCAACGGCGCAGCAGCUGCAAACGGGCGCAGCGCAGGCGGCCGCCAUUGCUGCCUCGCGUGAUAAAUCAAAGACUUCAAACACCUCGUUGCCGCUGCUGCCAAGCACUCAACAUCAUCAUCAGACCCAUCAGGAUUAUAUGAAACUGCAGCCGCUGAACAAGAAUGCGGCCAUGCUGCAUCGCACCGAGCAUCACUUGCCAACCAUCUAAGGCCAGCUUGUAAUAUUUUUAAUGUAUAAUUGAGAUUCUUGGGUCUUGGUUAUUGUUCUGUAAGCGUAAUCAUAGUUUUUUCAUAAUUUAACGCUAAUGCUCAUGGGAUGUACAACGAAAAGUUUACAUUAGCAAUAAAUGUAAAGUGUACAAAAAAUAAAAAUAAAUCUUUGCUA